UGCAUGCAUCACUUUCUUCAACCUAAAUCUAUAAUGAAAUCUUCAAUUGAAUAAACUCGUCUUAUUGCUUUGCCUACAUUGAAGUUUUAGAUCAUACUCACAUGACAAACCACAACCAUGUAACAAACUCCAAUUUUCCCCCACUUUAAUACCAAAACAUUAUUAUUUCAUUUUUUCAAUACUACUGAAAGAACUUGAUAUAUUGAUCUCUAAUUUUGUUAAGAUACGUAAAUUUGGAGAUUGGUUGAUUUAUUUAUCAUUUAAAUAUGUCUUUAGUCUUUAUCAAUUAUUGGUCCGUCCUUCGUUUUGGUUUUGGUUUACAAGUUAUUAAAUAUACUAUCGAAAGCUGGGUUUGGGAAGUUAGUUUACGGUAAAAUGUCAAAAUGUCGAGAAAAUGAGAUGGUUGACUUUUAUUUCAUCUAUUUUGAGUUUGGGCCAAGCCCAUUAUAAUAGCCCUAAACAUUAAGCUAUAUUUUUCCCUCUUGUGCUUUUUAAUAAUUUGUAAACACAAAACAUACCCGCCGUGACGCCGUCAACAUUUAUUUUCGUGCGUCUUCUUCGCUGUAUAUCGGAGUAUCGGCUCCUUCUCCGUUUCUUCCGUUUUCAGUUGCCAUCAUUAUUUCUUCUUCACUCCGUUUCAUUUGAAUAAUUUCUUAUUCUACUUCUUCAUUAUUUUUCGUCCUCUUAUAUUUGUUACGGUUUAAUGACUUGACCGAACCGAUCAAUGCACCGGUUCCCGGCUGAACUGGUUUGUCCCGGCGCUCCGGUUUCCGGCUACGUCGAAUAGUAAAAGUAUCAAUCAAAAUUGCUUAGCUGCUUCCCUGCAACAAUGGAUGAUGGCCAUGAAUUGACUUGUCAAUUCUGUAACUCUGUAGGUGAAGCUGAAGAAUUUGAUGGUAAAUACUAUUGCCGUAACUGCGGAGAACAGAAUCUCGACGUCGUCGAUACAGCUACCGACGUCGGAGCAGAAGCCGGUUCCGCCGGUGUCUACUUACUCAGCCACCAACGCCGCGUAACUGCUCCAAUUAAUGCAGUACCAAUCUCUCACUUUAAAUCACAAUCUAAUUUAAUUGAUAAACUAGGGUUAGCAGAUAAAAUUUCUCAACCGAAUGAUCCUUUUAAAGUGAAACUAGAGAGAAUAGACGAAUCUCAGUUUGAUGGGACAAAUCCCUCGAUUCCUGCAGAUUUUGGAGGCUCCAAAGUUGUAAGCUUUGAAGAUUACAUCAAUGAGAUUAGGUUAAGGUAUGUGUUGGGGUUGCAGAUGAUGAUUGAGCUUCAAUGUGAAGCACUUGUGAGGGAGUUUAAGGUUACGCCUUUAAUAUGUGGUUUGGUUGGACCAAUUUGGUUGAGGUUUGUCUCCAAGACUGGUGUUUUUGAUGAUGAUUGGGCUGAUCAAGUAAUUCAUGACUCUGAGGUGCAGCAAGAAGGUGAACCAGAAGAAGAUUAUAAGUCACGUGCCAAAUACAAAGCAGAACCUCGCAAUAUGUUUGGUCAGCGAGCGGUGCUUAUAUGGUUUAGGUCUUUAAAGAAAAGGAUUCCACUGGUUUGCACUGUUGUUAUUUCGUAUCUGGCAUGUCAUAUUGCCAGGGAAGCCAUCCUGCCAUCAGACAUGAUUGAGUGGACACUUGAAGGGAAGCUUCCAUAUUUUUCUGCUUUUGUUGAAAUUGAGAAGCGCAUCGGACUUCCCUCGAUUGCAUGUCCUAUCAGUUCAAGUUUUAUGUUCAGGCCUCAGCGAGCUUUUUCGGUACAGAAACUAGAGUCAUCUGCUGCAUCCGUUGCUCAGCUUUUAGGAUUGGAGUUACCUCCUGUGAACUUUUAUGCAUUAGCCUAUCGUUAUCUUGAAAAACUAUCACUUCCUGUUGAAAAGAUUCUUCCGUUUGCAUGCCGCAUUUAUGAAUGGACAAUGUCUCCAGAUUUGUGGUUAUCCUUAUCCAAGGAUUAUUUUAGGCUACCUACUCAUGUUUGUGUUGUAUCGAUUCUGGUAGUAGCAAUAAGGAUUUUGUAUAACAUAAAUGGUAAUGGAGAAUGGGAGAAAAGUUUAUCUCAUAAUAGUGAUAGUGCCAAUGACAAUGACGAAAAGGAUACCACUUUUGGCAUUCACGACGAGCAUUGUUUUGGUAAUUAUUCAGUAGGACGCCAAAAACCCGAAUUGGAUUCUACUGGGCUUCUUCAACAUCUUCACGCAAUAUACAAUGAGAUUGAAGGCACUCGUGAGUAUUCCAAGGACUUACCAACAUAUCUCAAAUACUGUAGGGAUGUUGUGUUUGCUGGAUUAGAACCAUCUUAUGGGAAUCAUGAAGAACAAAAUAUGAUGGACAAUCUAUGGAAUUUUUAUCAGAAUGAAGAGAAUUCUAAACCACCGGAACUUGAAAAACAACACAACAAUUCUUUUAACCAAACGGGGUUGAGGGAUGAAGGAAGUGUGAGAAGGACACCUAAAAAGCAAAAGAGUAAAAGAAAAUGUUUCGAUGAACCCUCUCCUGAUGAGGACAUCUGCCUUGAAAGUGACUUCCCAGGAAGUUUGAGUAAUGAUGAUUCCUUCGAGAGUUUGCCAGACGACGAAGACUCAGAUUCCAAUGAGGGUGACAAAGGUUCAGGAAACUCUGUUGUCAAGGAAGCCAUUAGAGAGUUGAAAUUAGACAUGGAGGAAAACAGAUUUUGUUACCUACCGCCUAAUGUCAAGUCGAAAAAAUUUGGUUAUGUUCACUAUAUCAGAAAGAAGGAUAAAGGUGCCCUGAUCUAUGUUGCUCAUGCUGAUUAUUACAUUUUGCUUCGGGCUUGCGCGAGAGUUGCACAUGACGACAUUCGGAUUUUGCACAUCGGUGUUUUGAGCCUUGAAAGAAGACUUGCUUGGCUGGAGAAACGGAUUCAUCGAUGCUUGCAUUUGAAACCUCCCAAAAUUUCUUGUCAGUUUUGUAGUACUAGGGCCACUGAAAAUGGAUCAGAUGAUGUUCAUGUACCUGAACUAUCAAACUUGACUAUUUGAAAUUUUUUUUUUCUUUCUUACAGUUUAGCCACUAAGAAGUAGAAUUUAAAAACAUAACUAUUUGAUGACCAAAUACAAAAUAAAGAUAAAUAUUUCAUUUCCA